GGGGAAAACAAAAAAAAACUUGCGCCGCGUUUCACUUUCAACGCCUUUCAUUCAUAGGCUUUGGGGUUCGUUUGUUUCGUCUUCUCCAAAUCAAAUCCAGAGAGCUCUCUGAGUCUCUCUCUCUCUAUCUGUGUGUUGUUCUUUGUUCUUACGAGAGUUAUUUCUUGAAGAUUUCGCUCGAACGUUGUUGCUUAGAGCUCAGAAUCUGUAAACACCUGUCGGCGAGGAAAAAAAAUGGAAAUGGAAGUUGUUUUGGGAAUCGGAGAAGAAGAGAAGAAACUUAAAGCAGCUAGUUGUUCUACGGAGAUUGAAUCGGGUAAGGAACACGAUUCAGGUGAGAAAACGGUACAAGAUGAUGGUGUUCUUCGAGAUAACGGUGUUAGGGUUUCUGUGAACGGAGAUAAAAAGUCUGACGACGAUGUUGUUGAGGAGGAGAAAGAUAAGGUAAGCGUUGUUGAGGCUGAGAUAAAUUUGAAGGAAUCUGUUGUUGUUGUUGAAGAUUGUGUAAUGAAUGGGGUUUCUUCGUUGUUGAAAUUAAAGGAAGAUGUGGAAGAUAACGAAGAAGAAGAAGAUGGUGAUGAAGAGGAAGAGGAUGAAGAAGAAGAAGAGCAUGGGUACUGUGUUGGAGAUUUUGUGUGGGGUAAAAUCAAGAAUCAUCCAUGGUGGCCUGGUCAGAUUUAUGAUCCAUCUGAUGCUUCGGAUUUGGCUUUGAAGAUAAAACAGAAGGGGAAAUUGCUUGUGGCCUAUUUCGGGGAUGGGACAUUUGCUUGGUGUGGUGCGUCGCAGUUGAAACCGUUUGCUGAGAGUUUUAAAGAGUGUUCGAAGGUGAGUAACUCGAGGAGUUUCCUCGGUGCGAUGGAAGAGGCCGUUGAAGAGAUGGGGAGACACAUUGAGCGUUUAUUGGUAUGUGAUUGUGCUGAGGGGAAGGAUAAGUUUGAUAGUCGUGCCGUUAACAAUGCUGGGAUUAAGGAAGGGGUUUUGGUGCAUGAUUUGAGACGGGAAAUGAUUGCGUCUUUGCUGGUUGGGAAACAUGGAGAGAUUCUUAAAGAUGUUAAAUGCUUUGCAGAGACUGUUAGUUUUGGUGGGUUGCUUGAGCUGGAGAUAUUGAAAAGGAAGGUAUCUGCCUUUUAUCGGUCUAAAAGAGGAUAUGGUUUGAUUGAGUAUCAUGAGCCUCAAUCAGUUCCAGGACUUGAAGACAAAAACAAUAGUGAUGAUGAUGAAGAAGAAGACGAGAAUGUUAAUGAUGGGUUCGAAUGGCGUGCUAAACGUUCUAGCAUAGAAGAAGCAGCAGAUUUGGAUCCUGAAGAGUCGUCUCUACAUAGAUCGCUAGAGAAGUGUUCUGGGUUUCCUGAUCAUAGGCUGCUCCACAGAAGGAAGGAGAAAAGUAUUGCUGAUAUAUUGGAGAAUGAGUCCUCUGCGAAGGUAAGAUUUGAGACAGAUCCAGUGAAUGGAGAUGUAAAGUCAAAUGCAAAGUCGGGUAGGAAAAAAACAAAACGCUCUGAUCAAGUUAAUGGUGAGCUUGAAAAUAUUACCAGCUCUACACAGAGGAAAAGAAAGAGUGAUGCGAGUCACAAGCACGUGGAAGAAAGUAGCAAAGGCGAAACUUCGAGGAAGAAAAAGAAAAGGGAUGUGGAUGUGGAUGAUGAUGGGAGUGGAGACAGAGAAGAGACUCAGAAAAACGAGACUUCGGAUCUGGAAAUAGAUAUUGAUUCAACUCCCUUAGCUUCACUGCGGAAAAAGGUCAUGGUUGAUGCUUCCAGUGUUGAAAAUAAUGCUGGAAAUGGCGAGACCGCCACACAAUCAUCAAAGAGGGAGAGGAAGAAGAGCAAGUACCUUUCGCCUGAUUUCUUGUCAGAUUUUUCUCGGAAAGGGGGUAAAAAGAGCAAACUUGAAUCUGAAUCUUCUAAAAUUUCAAGUCAGAGCCAAGUAGAAGAGCAAAUGGCCGAUGCUAAUGGCAGCAUCGUGGCAGUGGAAGAAGAUAAGUUGGAUAUACCAUGUGAACCAUCAUUUGAUAAUGGAUUAGGUCGCGAAGAACUGUCAGAGGAACUAAGUAACGCUGUCGAUUUUCUGAGGUUGGGAGCUACGCCAAAGGAAAUGCAAGAUCUAAUCCGUCUAGCAGCUCUUGGUACACAGUAUCCAAAAGAAAAUAGCUCAAGAGAGAUGGUAAGAGAAUUCAUGACCAUCUAUAGAAGCUUCACAUAUCAUCAUGGAGCCAAUCACAAGAUUUUAGGGGGUUAUGAUAGUUCAGAUAGAGAAAAGGAACAACUGUAUGAGACACCCAAUCCCGAGACUAAGGUGAAAGAGAAAAAAGAUAAGAAGCGUAAAGUGAAGCAGCAAGAGGAGGAGAUUGAGGAAACUGGAAAAGAAGAGAAUGAGACAGACAAGAAUGGGGAUAUGAAGAAAGAGCGAAAACAUAAGAAGUCUAAAUCAAAGAAGCAAGCCGAUGAAGGAGAAGAAACCCAGAAAGAGUCAAGUGAGUCGACAAAGAAAGAGAGAAAACGUAAGAAGUCUGAGUCAAAGAAGCAAGCAGAUGGAGACGAAGAAACUCAGAAAGAGGCAAAUGAGUCAACUAAAAAUGGGAAAAAACGUAAGAAACUUGAAUUAGAGAAGCAAGUGGAAGCGGAUAAAGAAGAUACCAAAAAAGAGUCAAGUGAGCCAACCAAGAAAGAGAAAAAACGGAAGAAACCUAAACAUGUCGAAGAAGAAACCCAGAGUGAGACUGUGAAACCCGAAAAGAAGAAGAAGAAGAAGAAAAGAGAGGGAAAGUCUAAAAAGAAAGAAACCGAAAAGGAAUUUGCAGGAGCUGAGCUAUAUGUUACAUUUGGUCCUGGUUCGAGUUUGUCUAAAAAGGAAGAUUUGAUUGAAAUAUACGAGAGGUUUGGAUCAUUGGACAAAGAAAGAACUGAUAUGUUGGACAACAACUUGUCUGCCCGUGUUGCAUUCUUGGAUGUAGCUGAUGGAGAAAAAGCCUUUGAAUCCUCACAAGAGAAAUGCCCGUUUACUUCUAGUUCGACCGUUAAGUUCAGGCUCAAGUAUCCUAACGAGAGAACAGAGGAGAAGAAAACUAAAGCUGAAGUUGCAGAGGCGACAAGGGAGGUGGAUUAUCUGAAGAAAAAGAUGGACGAGAUGAGAAUGUUGCUUGAUGGAUGUGAAGGAGGAAUGACCGAAGAAGUAAGAGUGAAAUUUGAAGAUGAGAUGGUAAAUUUGUUGGAGAAAGUGAGAAAGUAAGAGAGAUGAGAUGCCCUUUAGGAUUAUAAUUUAUGUUUUUAUUUUGUUGGUUGAGAAUCUUGAGGAGACUUUUGCAGGUUUUAGGAUAUUUAUGGUUUCUGCAAAACAAAAGACAAAUAUUUUGGGAAGUUGAUGAUACUAUGAAUCUUGUCAUAGGUUAGAGAGUUUAGAUCGAUGUUUCUAUGUUUUUUGUGUAGACUUUUCACAAGUUUACAAAAUUUGGUACUAAACCCUGCUAUUGGGCUUUUUGGUAUA